UCCAUGCAUCAGGCCACUUGCCUUAUGCAAAGUCUGCACAUAUUUAUGCCCAAGAAAUGACCAAAAUAACUGAAAAACUCUCUGAAAAAGAAUUAGAUCUUUUCAUCAACAAGGGAUAUUUUACUGUGAAAAGAACAACAAGAUACUGGUCAGGAACAUGGACAGACAUGUGCAUAGAGCAAUGUCUGAUGAGGCCAAUGAAAUCUGUAGGAGGACUCACUCAUGGAAGGGGAAUGAAUGAAAGUACUGUGAAUAAAUGGAUUCUUGGGACACCAUACUUCAUAAAGAUUAAUGAAGCAUUAGAGGAGUUCUUAGACAUUUCUAUUACCUACAGUGAACAACAUGUUGAGCUGAGAAAGUCAAGAAAACUCAGAGACCAAGCUGAUAUUGAUAAGUUCACCACAUGGUUCAGACAACACAAUCCAUUAAAUAAGGAAUCUGGAGAGCUAGUUUCAUUAUCAUCUGGUUUCAUCAGUGAUGAGUCAGUCAACUGUGACCAAGCCUAUGACAUAGGUUGUGCUGCUAUGAAGACAAUGAUAGCUCUCAAAAAUUGAAAUUGUAUCUUGAAUAUGAACUGUCUUCACAUCCACCAUCUCUCUUCGACAAUGUUU